AUGAUCAACAUGUGCUCGCUCGCGAAAGGUUCGACAGGGAAUCCUGCAAAGAGCAUCAUGAGCGCCGCCAAUGGGAAGAGCCCCAUAGUGGUUGGGCCCUGGGGAGGGACAGGAGGAUGCCCCUGGGACGACGGCGUGUACUCGACGGUGUGCCAGAUCAUGAUCACCCAUGGUGCAGCCGUCGACUCGAUAAGAAUCCAGUAUGACCUGAAAGGACAAUCGGUCUGGUCACAGACGCACGGGAGCACCGAGGACGGGUCUGAAACAGAUAAGGUGAAGCUAGAUGUUCCCGGAGAAAUCCUUCUGUCCGUGAGCGGCUACUACGGAUCGGUCUGCGGCAGUCCGGUGAUCAUAAGAUCACUGACGUUCCAGAGCAACCGAUCCAAGUACGGACCCUUCGGCACCGAGGACGGGACGCCGUUCUCGCUCCCGGUGAGCAGCGGCAAGAUCAUCGGCUUCCAUGGGCGGUCCGGGUCGUACCUCAACUCCAUCGGCUUCUACCUGAAGCAAGUCCACGUCCCGAUCCCGAGUCCCCCGAGCUACCCAGCCUCGCCCCAGCUCCCGACGGCGGCGUACAGCAGAAAUGGCUAUACCGUCACCGAGGUUGACGAUGAGCAUGACAUGGCCCUAGCGGUGAGCAACCGGGCCGACAGCUACGCCGUUUACGGCACCGGUUACCCUAAGCAGCAGUACGCGCAUCCGUCUCCGGACUACCACGAUGGAUCGAUCAUGAAUAAGAUGGUUUCGUACCCUAGCUCGUACAGGGCGGCCGUGAGCGGGCCGGAGACGCACGGCCCGUGGGGCGGCAGCGGCGGCACCAUCUUCGACGACGGCGUGUACACCGGCGUGUGGCAGAUCAACCUGACCCGCGCGGUGGGGGUCACCUCCAUGAAGGUGCUCUACGACCGGCACGGGCAGGCCGUGUGGGGCAACAAGCACGGCUUCAGCAGCGGCGUCCCACCCGACAAAAUCGCGUUCGACUUCCCGUCGGAGGUGCUGACCCACAUCACCGGCUACUACGGCCCGACGAUCAUCAUGGGUCCGACGGCGGUGAGGUCGCUGACGUUCCACACUAACCGGCGGCGGUACGGCCCCUACGGGGACGAGUACGGCACCUACUUCUCCACCAGCUUCGCCGACGGGCGGGUCGUGGGGUUCCACGGCCGGGAGGGCUGGUACAUCGACGGCAUCGGCGUGCAUGUCCAGCGGGGCAAGGUGCCGUCGUCCCUCAGGCGGGCCGCCAGCAGGAGCCCGUCGCCGGCGCCGCGGUCCGACUACGACCCGAGCGACGUGGACGAGGAGGUUCCCUACGCGGCCAUGGUGAAGGAGCCGGCGGCGGCGGGGCCGGGGCCGUGGGGCGGGCCGGGGGGCCGGGCGUGGGACGACGGCGUGUACGCCGGCGUGAACCAGGUGUACGUGACGCGGGGCGCCCUCAUCGGCUCCAUCCAGAUCCAGUACGACCGGGGCGACCGGUCGGAGUGGUCGGCACGGCACGGCACCAGCGGCCACAUCACCCACCGGGUGAAGCUGGACGCGCCGCACGAGGUGCUCACCUGCGUGCGCGGCUACUACAACGCCGACCCGGCCGAGGGGCCCCGCGCGCUGCGCUCCAUCACCUUCGUCAGCAACCGCGGCAGGUACGGGCCGUUCGGGGACGAGGUCGGCACGUACUUCUCGUCGCCGGCGACGGCCGAGGGGAAGGUGGUCGGGUUCCAUGGCCGGAGCGGGCAGCACCUCGACGCCAUCGGGGUGCACAUGCAGCACUGGCAAGGGGACCGCCGGGCCGCGCCCAAAUACGUCCUGUCAAAGUACCUCUUCUGA